UUGUACAAAGCACCUCGAAUUAGAAGUAGAACACGCGUACCAUGAGUUAAUUGGAUUACAAUGUUGCAAUGUAACAUAAAGGCACAGCGGUUUCAUUUUAUUUAUUACCAGUUAUAAUCGGAACUCGAAGCGUAGUGGAUUUUAACGAAUUGGAUUGAAUUGUCGCUAACAUUCAAGAUAUCAAAUUUUGCAAUGAAACUGUCGACAAUAAAACCUCAACCGAUGUUUAUUCUACUUCUAAUCAUUCAGGGUAUAGUAUGUACCUCGUGCUCAGAAAAGCUUGUCAUAGAUUCGGAUGCUGGUGCGGAUGAUGCAGCAUCUAUUUUAUUGGCAUUAUCAGCGUGGGCCAACAAAGACUCAGAAUUCGAAGUUGUUGCUUUAACGUGCGUAAAUGGAAAUACAGACGAGGCAAAUGUGGAACGCAAUAUCCUAAAAACCCUUACUGUAGCGAAUGUGUCAAAUAUCCCCAUCUACGGAGGAGCGAAAAAACCAUUACUUGAAAAUUCCUUCACUGACUACUACUUCGGUAAUGACGGCCUUGGCGAUUUUCUUUUUCAAGAGAAAAUCGUAGCCGAAGUAGACAAGUCAAAGAACGCUGCCAUCGCUUUAAUCGAACUGGCUAAAUUAUAUCCGGGCCAGCUUAAUGUUCUGUGCUUGGGACCUUUAACAAACAUAGCAAUAGCAGCAGCUCUAGAACCCAGUUUUAUGGAAAAUGUAAAGAGGUUCUACAUUAUGGGUGGAUCAGUGUCGGGCAUUGGAAAUCGCUCGCCAGGAGUUGAAUUCAAUUUUGCUGGCGAUCCAGAGAGUAACUUGUUGGUCUUAAACUAUACCCGAGACUAUACGAAACGGAAACCGAGUUUGCUGUUUCCAUGGGAAACGGUUCUCAAUGCAGAAAUUCCGAUGAGCUGGCGACUGAAAUUGGGUUUAAUAAAUUCGAAAACUAUGCAUUUUCUGAACAAUGCCGAGUCAACGAUUUUAAAAUCACCAUCUCGGUAUUGGACACCAGCCGAUCUUCUGGCAACAGCGACCAUGAUUUGGCCAAAAUUGUCAACACAAAGUGUUAUAACGAAUGUGACACCAGUCAUAGAUGGUGCGGCUAGAGGUGCAGUGCUGGUAGAUUACAGUAAUAAGUCUGGCAAACCGAAGAACGCUGAAAUUGUUCAGCGAUUCGAUACCAAAGAAUUUCAGAGAAAACUUUUGUGGCAUUUUUCGUAGAAUAAUUGUUGCAGCAAUAAAGGGGGAACGAUGAAUAA